AUGAAUUGUUAAUCUGUGAUAUCUGAAAGUUUAGAAACAUACUUAAAAAUUACUCAAGAAACAAUGAAUUCUACUUAAAAUUUCAUUAGCGUAUUGAAAGUUAUUUUUCAAUUAGAAGAAUCAUAUUCCAAAAGUCUUGAAAAAAUUGGUAGUAAAACUUCAAUAAUAUAGGAUAAUAAAUUUCAAGUCUAAUUAAUGAAAAAGAUGGAACUAUGGACUUAUUCAUUAUUUUAAGAAGUUAUCUAUUUAUAAAAUCAGAAUAAGCUAAUUGCUUUGCUAUGUAGUUAAAAAAUACAUUAAUAUAAGAAUAACAAGAAUUUUUUAUAAAGUAAGAUAAUUUAAAAAAAAAAUUGCAUUAAUUUAGUUUAGCAAAUAAGAAAGAGUAUCAACAAAAUUCCUAUACUUUGAAUUUUUUAAUAAAACAAUACAAAACAUCUAUAGAAGAGGAAAAACAAUAUUAGAUUAAUCGAUUCCAUAAAAAAUAAUCUAGUUAUGCUGUUAGUGAAUUAAGUUUUCAAAAUUUUAUUACAAUAUAUAAUUAAUUUGUAGAUGCUUGUAGUAAUGAAAUUCUGAAUUUUUAGGAGCAACUUAAAAUUUAAGAGUUAGAGAGAAAAAACUUACUGUAAGAUACUCAUUUAAAGUUUAUAAUGUUUGAAAUAUCAGUAAUCAGAAAUUUAUAAUAUGAUUUGACAGGGAUAAGUUAAAAAUUAGAAUAAUAUAAAUCUAAUAAUGUUUUGGAAUAAUUGUUUAACAAAAAUAUCAACUUAGAGAAAAUUGAUUUUGAAACCUAUAAGAGAAAUAUUUAUUUGUAGUUAAAUUUUAAACCAGAUACCCAAUUAUUAAGUAAAGUCAAAAAACCAAUUUUUGAUUAAGUUAAAUCUAAAGAUUAAGAAAAUAAUGAAUUAUUUUCAGAAGAGAGUCUAUGUUAUUUGAAAAUGUUCCAAAAUGUUCUUUUAUAUAAUAAUAUCACUGAUGAUUUAAUUCAGAGAUUGAGUGAAUUGUUGGAAGUAGCUUUACCUUAUAGUUAUACUUAAUGUUUAGAAUAGGUUCUUUAAAAGUUGAUUUCAGAAAAAAAUUAAAAAUAAGAUCUUCAACAUUACCAAGUCUCACAUGAAAAUUAUCUUUCAGUUCAAAAAUUACUAAUUACUUUACUUGACCAUUGUGAUAAAUAUUAAGAUUAUCCAACAGCUAUUUUAGAAGCUUGUUUAUUGGCAAAAAAAAUAUUUAAGAGAGUAUAUUUACCAACUGAAAAUAAAGAAAUUAACCUAAGUGUAUUUGGUAUGUUAUAGGUUAAAUUUUAUAGAAGGUUUAAUGAACCAUUAAGUCAUUUAAAAUUCAUAAAUAUGGAUUGACUAUGCAAUCAAUCUGUAAAAGUCAACUUCCAAUAAUAAUUGUCUUUCUUAAGAAAAUUGUACAAAUUUUUAAUUAUUUUAGAUAUGAAAAAUUGUUAAUUUUAGUUUUAAGAAAGCAAAUAUAUAGAUGUACUUUAAUAAAUUGGAUGUAAUAAAAAAAUUAUAAAGAAUAUUGAAAUUAUUUUUAAUACUAAAAAUUUAAAUGGUCAAAACUAAGUUUAAUGA